AUGGCGGAUACUGUCCAUCCCAGUCCGUUACUGGUGCCGCUGGCGCAGUUGCCGCUCCCGCCGGGUGCCGCCGAUUCCCCCGGUACCCGCGGUGUCCCCGGUGCCCCGGUACCGCCGGUUUCCCGGUUCCCCGGUGCUGUGGGCGCCCCCGCUUCUCCCGGUAACCGCGGAACCCCCGGUGCCCGCCGGGUUCGGGAGUGCCCCGCCCACAUCGAGGUGAUUCCCUGCAAGAUCUGCGGGGACAAAUCCUCCGGGGUGCACUACGGGGUCAUCACCUGCGAGGGCUGCAAGGGCUUCUUCCGGCGCAGCGAGCGGCGCGGGCCGAGCCUGGCGUGUCACCGCGGGCAGCGCUGCGACAUCGACCGCGCCACCCGCACGCGCUGCCAGCACUGCCGCCUGCAGAAGUGCCUGCGCCUCGGCAUGUCCCGCGACGCCGUCAAGUUCGGCCGCAUGUCCAAGAAGCAGCGGGACCGGCUGCAGGCCGAGGUGCUGGAACAGCUGGAAAAGCGGGAAAAAAACCGGGAACAAACCCGGGAAAACCGGGAACAAACCCGGGAACAAACCCGGGAACAAACCCGGGAACAGCUGGAAAACCGGGAAAAAGGGGAAAAUGGGAAAAGCGGGAGCAGGAACGGGCGGCCCCGGGGCCACCGCAGCCCCCCCCGGGCGUGGCCCGCGGAGGAGGCGACAAGGAGGGGACAGGACGGGGACAGGGCGGGGACAGCGGGGACAGGGCCGGUGCCUCGGCCCGGUGCCGGCGGCGUCGCGGAGUCCCCGGCGGGGCUGGAGAUCGAGCUGCUGACACAGAGUGUCCUGCUGUCACACCGUGCCACGUGCCACCCCCGUGCCGAGGACCUCCAGGGCCACCGCUGGGCCACCUUCAGCCCCGAGGAGAUCUGCGCCUACCAGAGCCAGGUGCGGGUGACACGGCUGUCCCCAGGGGGCGGUGGCACGGGCGGUGACAGCCGCCCGCGGUGGGUGAAAGCUGUCCCCGUGACACGGCGUCAGCCCAUGGCCGAGAUGUGGCAGCGCUGUGCCCGCCGUGUCACCGAGGCCAGGUACGUUCCGUGGUGUUCCAACGCUGCCCCGGGCUUCCUGCAGCUCAGCCAGCACGACCAGAUCGUCCUGCUCAAGGCGGGUGCCAUGGAGGUUGUCCUGCUCCGCAUGUGCCGCGCCUUGGACGCCGCCACGGGCGCGGUUCUGUUCGAGGGCAAACUGGCGGGGCCCGAGCUCUUCCGCUCGCUCGGGUGUCCCGAGCUCGUCGCGUCCGUCUUUGACUUCGCGCGGGGGCUGAGCGCGCUGCGCUGCUCCGAGAGCGAGCUGGCGCUGCUCAGCGCGCUGCUGCUGCUCAACGCCGGCCGGCCGUGGCUGCAGGACCGCCCGCGGGUGGCGCGGCUGCAGGGACAGCUCGAUGUCGCCUUCCGGCUGCUGCUGCACCGGACCCGCCGCGAGGGGCUCCUGGCGCGGCUGCCCGCCCCGGGCCGCCUCCGCGCUCUGUGCUCGCAGCACCUGGAGCAGGUUCAGGUUUUCCGCCGCCUGCACCCCGCGGGGUUCUCGGCCGCUUUCCCGCCGCUCUACCGGGAGCUCUUCGCCCCCGACGCCGCCGAUGGUUCCGCGGGGACUCGCUGA